AUGGAGAACAUCACGGCGGGAAAUGAGGCGCAGGGCAUCGAGGACAUGAUCCACCUGGACACCAUGAGCGAGGAGACCAUCCUCAAGAACCUUGGUGUUCGCUACAGCCGCGACCAGAUCUACACCUACACUGGCGCUAUCCUGGUUUCCGUCAACCCCUACCAAGCCCUCCCUAUCUACACAGCGGAGGUGGCCAAGCGCUACAACAACAAGCCGCUGGGCGAUGUGGAACCGCACAUCUUCGCCAUCGCCGACGUGGCCUACCAGACGAUGAUGGAGGACGGCGGCAACCGGUCGGUCAUCAUCAGCGGCGAGUCCGGCGCCGGCAAGACCGAGGCCACCAAGCUGCUCCUACAGUACCUGGCCCUCAAGACUUCGGGCGUCAACAAGGCCCACAGCGCGCCCGAGACCGCCAACAAGAAGAAGUCACUCAUCGAGCAGCUCAUCCUCGAAUCGUCACCCAUCCUCGAGGCCUUCGGUAACGCCAAGACGGUGAGGAACGACAACUCGUCUCGAUUCGGCAAGUACAUGAAGAUCGAUUUCGACCCGCGCGGCUCGAUCGCCGGCGCCAAGAUCGAGAACUAUCUGUUGGAGAAGUCGCGUAUCGUGUACCAGGCGCAGGACGAGCGUAACUACCACAUCUUCUACCAGUUCUGCGCCGGCCUGUCGCCCGAGGAGAAAGAGCGAUACAAGAUCGGAGCGGCGACGGACUUCCACUACAUCAACCAAAGCGGCUGUCACACCAUCCCUCACGUCGACGAUGCCAACGACUUUUCCGAGGUGCGCAAUGCGUUGUCGGUGCUGGGCAUCGGACCCGAGGAGGACAUCUGGGCCGUGGUCGCGGCAGUGUUGCACAUGGGCAACAUCCGCUUCGCCCCGCAGGGCGACGGCUCGACCGUCGUCAACACCGACUCGCUUCAACAUGUGGCGACCAACCUGGGCGUGUCGGCCGAGAAGCUCGCCGAGUCGAUGACCGUCCGGUACAACAAGAUCCGUAACGAGGUGUUCAGGGUGCCGCUCAAGCCCGAGGAGGCCGCCGACGUGCGAGACGCCAUCGCCAAGGCCCUCUACGGCCGUCAGUUCAAUUGGCUGGUCGAGCGCAUCAACCGCUCCAUCUCCAAGUCGGCCUCGACCAACGCCCGCUCCUUCAUCGGCGUGCUCGACAUCUUCGGCUUUGAGAACUUCACGGUCAACAGCUUCGAGCAGUUGUGCAUCAACUACGCCAACGAGAAGCUGCAACAACAGUUCAACCAGCACAUCUUCAAGCAGGAGCAGGAGGAGUACGAACGCGAAAAGAUCUCGUGGGAGACCAUUUCGUUCAACGACAACCAGGGCUGUAUCGAUCUGAUCGAGAAGCCGCUCGGCGUCCUCUCGCUCCUCGACGAGGAGUGCUUCUUCCCCAAGGGCUCGGAUGGCACGUUCCUGGAGAAGCUCAACAAGGCGCACGAGAAGCACACCUACUACGAGAAGCCCAAGACCCGCGGCGACAAGUUCGUGAUCCGGCACUACGCCGGCGACGUCGCCUACUCCACCAAGAGCUUCCUCGACAAGAACCGCGAUACGAUCCCGGAGUCGGCGUCGGCGCUGCUGGCGGGCGCGUCGAUCGCCCAUGUGGCCCAGCUGUUCCCCGAGGGCAUGCCGGCGGCCCAGGCCCAGGCGGCGCAGGGCGGCCGCGGCGGCAAGGGUCGCUCGCCCACGGUCGGUGCGCAGUUCAAGAACCAACUGCUGGACCUCGUCGCCACCCUGUCGGCCACCUACCCCUACUACGUGCGCUGCCUCAAGCCCAACCCCCAGAAAAAGCCCAGUCUCUUGGACAAUGACAUGGUCUUGGCACAGUUGAGGUACUGUGGUAUGCUGGAGACGAUCCGCAUUCGUAAGCUGGGCUUCCCCAUCCGCCGAGAGUUCGUGGCCUUCCGCGACCGCUACCGCCUCCUGGCGCCCUCCAGCGCGUGGGAGAAGGACGACCGCAAGGCCUGCAGCAUGAUCCUCGACGCCGCUUCGUACAGGAUGACUCCCGGCCACUACACUCUGGGCCUCACGAAGGUCUUUAUGCGCGACGAGCAGAGCACGAUCCUCGAGCAGCUCCGCAACGAGCACCUGUUGGCCAGCGUGCUUCUCAUCCAGAAGACCUGGCGCUGCUACGCUGCCCGCUCCCACUUCGCGGCUCUGCGCAAGGGCGCCCUCACCGCUCAAACGCACUACCGGAAGCGCGUCGCUCGCGUGGAGUACACGCGCCUCCGUGAUGCCUCGAUCACCAUCCAGACCUGGACGCGCAUGGUCUUUGCUCGGCGCAAGUUCCUGACUAUCCGCAAGGGCGUUCUCGCCAUGCAAGCCGCUGCGCGAACCAUGCUGGCGAUCAAGGAGAGGGAGAGGCUGGUCCGCGAGGAGCAGGAGAGGCAGCGCCGCCUGGAGGAGAUCCGUCAGCUCAAGGACAAGCAAGAGCGCGAGAGGCGCGAGCAGGAGGAACUGCUUCGUCAGGAACAAGAGCGUAAGCAGAAGGCCGAGAAGGAGAAGCAGGAAAAGGAGCGGCAGGAGAAGGAGAAGAGGGAAAUGGAGAGGCUCCGCGAGGAGGCCCAGCGCAGGGACCAGGCCGCGCUCGGCCUGCCCGCCAGCGAGACCCUCGCCGACUACCAGGCCAUACAGCGAGGCGCCACGGCCCAGAACUUCGCCGUGGAGGAGGUGCCGGCCGAGGCCCAGGCGUCGCUCGACAGCGAGUCCCUCGAGGAGGCGUGGCUGCAUGCGCUGGACCCGCUGAAUGUGCCGCCGCCCGAUUGGGACCUGCCCCCGGCGCCCGAGGGCCUGCCGCCUCCGCCGCCCGCGCAGGCCGGCAUUCUCGAUUUCCUGUCGACGCCGUUGUACGGCUACCACUUCAAGGACUUCGCCACCCGCCACUUCCGCCCGCACAAGACCGACACCAUCCAGCAGCUCAUCACCUACACCAAGCUCAACAUCGAGGAUGCCAAGAACGCCGUCGAGGUGUCGAGGAAGAUUCACAUCUACAUGACCCACAAGAAGACCCUCGCCGAGAAUCUCUCCGUGGUCCAGUACAUCAUCCAGCGCGGCCUGUCGGUGACGGGCAAUCCGACGCCCGAGCACGAGGAGCACUGCUGGGAGCUGAUCAUGUUCUGCUGCUGCACCUUUGCCCCGGUCGAGUUCCUCAAGUACUUCGUGUGCUUCCUCGACGAGGCCGCCGCCGCCAGCUCGCCCUUCGCCGCCCACGCCAUCUUCGCCAAGGAGUCGCUGACGCGCCUGCUGACCACCAGCGAGCGCAAGCUCGUGCCCUCGCUGAUGGAGCUCGAGGCCAUCCGCAAGCGCGAGCCCAUGAUGCUCCGCGUCUUCUUCCUGGUAUGUACCUUCUUGCCCGCACGCUACAGCGAUGUGCACAUUCCUGGCAGUCCUGAUUUUCUUACAUUCAUCACAUUCCUGCAGGACGGUACGGUCAAGGCGCUGCUGCUGGACAGCGCGGCGACGGUGGCCGAGCUCAAGCAGCAGAUCGUGACCAAGCUCCAGAUGCAGUUCGCCAAGGGCUUCGCGCUGUACAAGUCGUACAGCCAGAUCGAGCGGCUCAUGGAAGACGAGGAGAAGAUGAGCGACGAGCUGGCCUCGUUCGAGCAGCUGCGCUCCGCCAUGGGCGACCAGCAGCUGCGCAUGCGCAUCCUGUUCAAAAAGCGACUCUACUUCACCGACGACGUGCCCAACCCGCAGGUGCUCGACAAGUCCUCGCUCGACCUACUGUUCGCGCAGGCGGCGGAGGACAUCCGCACCGGCCGCCUGCCCACCACGCGCGAGGUGGUGCUCAAGCUGGCCGGCCUCAAGCUCCACUCCGACAUCGGUAACUACAACGGUGAACCUGUAGACGACAAGCAAACGGGUGUGUACAUUCCGGCGUACAUUCGGUACAAGUUCCAGCAGGAGGACUGGAGCAAGCUGAUGGCCACCGAGCAGAAGACCCACACGGGCCGCUCCGAGCGAGAUGUGAGGAUCGACUACCUGAAGAUCGUGUUCCAGCUGCCGCUCUACGGUGCGGCCCUCUUCGCCAUGGAGCUGCAGAACAACAUCAUCAACCUUGUUCGCGACCAGGGCUACCUCGCUAUCUCGGGCCGUGGCGUGUGCUUUGUCACGCGCGACCAGAAGGGCGAGGUGGUGAUGACGAGCUACCUGCCCUACGAGGACAUCCUCAACUGGGAGUGCACGCCGACCACCACCUCGCUCACCCUCUCCCUCGGCACCCGCCGCGAAGUGCUCGACCUCAAGUGCGAGCAGUCGAGCGAGGUCGAACGCCUGCUCCGCGACUACACCGGCAUCCUCGCCGCCUCCUCCGAAUGGGCCAGGGCGAUUUCGGACUAUGAGACCGAGGAUCCGUCGCUGCUGUCGUUCCGCCAGGGCGACGUGAUCAACGUGAAGGAGAAGGAUGAGUUCAGUGGCUGGUACAAGGGCUUCAACUUCGCCAACGGCAAGGACGGCGCCUUCCCGCGCGAUCUCGUCAAGAUGCUCGUGGCCCGGCCGAAGACGACGGAGACGGGCAGGAAGAAGGCGCCCACCCAGUCGACGUACCUCACAACCCGCAUGGCCAAGUCCAACCGCCUCAGCGUCGCGCGCGGCCCCGAAUCCGAUGCCGCCGCAGUUCCCGACGUCCAGACCGCCGCCGCUGGGGCGUCGGUGGAGACGAGCAAGUUCCGCACGCAGAUGGAGGUGAAGGGCACGAGCAUCUUCCGCUCGAAGAAGCUCGAGCAGGUGAGCGUGUCGCAGCUCCUCUCCUUCGCGGCACAGCCCAUCAAGGCCUCGCUGGUCCAGCUCCUCCCCGAGGCCUCCAAGCAGGCCGUCGAGAUGUUCCAGCUCGUCAUGAAGUACAUGGGCGACUACCCGACGCGCCUGAGCCAGUCGAAGUACGACGCGCUCCCGGCCAAGACAAUUCAGAUGGCCAUCGACAACAGAGAGCUCCGCGACGAACUGUACUGCCAGCUGAUGAAGCAGACGAACAAGAACCCGCGCGACAGCAGCAACGAAAAGGGAUGGGAGCUGUUGGCCCUCUGCGCCGGUUGCUUCCUGCCCCAGGACGAGAUGCUGGACCGCCUCUACAAGCGCCUCGAAGAGCACGAGCAAGACGCCAAGGUGGGUUACUAUGCCAAGCAAGCGGUCGACAGGCUCCAAAACACGAUCCUUGUCGGCGAGCGCGAGUUGGCGCCGUCUCACGCCGAGCUCACCGCGCUGCGCAACCGCUCGCGUAUCAUGUGCCGCGUCGCGCUGCCCAACGGCAGCCACCGAGCCGUGCUGGUGGACGCGUGGACCACCGUCGGCGACGUCGUGCCGGAGGUCAUCCGCCAGCUCCGGUUCCAGAACCAGCCCAAGAGCUUCGGUCUCUUCGAGAUCACGCCGCAGGCCAAGAACGAAAUCCGUCUCAAGGUGCCACUUGCCGAUGAUAUGUUUGUGUGCGAUGCGCUGGCCCGCUGGGAGAAGGCGCAGAAGAAGGACAAGAACAACUCGUCGAACCGCAUCCCCGACGCCCCGCUCGAGAUGCGCAAGAAGCUGUUCUUCCCGCUCGAGCAGGACGACGACCUGGCGCUAUCCGAGGAGGACGACAUGCUCGCCGACUUCCUCUUCUCGCAGGUCUGCGAGGACUUCCUGUCGGGCCAGCUCCCCGCUUCCCACAAGGACAUCGCCAAGCUCGGCGCCUGUCUCCUCCAUAUCCGCUUCCGCGCCUCCGACUCGUCCGCCUCGAUCAACAGUGGCGUGCUGUCGGAGAUCGUGGGCAAGUCGCUGGCCAACAAGAAGGAGGCCCAGCUGAUCACGGCGGACAUUGAGGAGGCCUACGGCGAGUUCGCAGGCCUGCCCAUCAUCACCGCCAAGCGCUCCUUCCUCGGCGUCGCCUCCCAUCUCCCGCUCUACGGCGCCGCCCUCUUCCCUGCUCGCCAAAACGAGCACCCGCAGAGCGUGUGGUUCGCGGUGUCGUCGAAGGGCGUAAGCAUCGUGGAGGCCGACCACCCGCACGGGGUCUACAAGUUUUGGUCGUACCGCGAGGUAGCCAACUGGGGCAACACCAAGCAGAACUUCCACCUCGUCGCCGGCAACCUCCAGAAGCCCGAGAAGAGGAGCUUCACCUCCGCCUACAGCGCUCACAUUUCUGCGAUGUACGCUUGCUUCACCAGCAGGCCCGGCGGUGACACCUACCUCCCGUAG